AUGGCUCCGAUUCCCGGAAGGUGUGAUUUGGCUCCCCUGGCGGAGCGGCGAAACGAACGGAGUGAGAUCUUCUCUGACUGCCUUUCGAGGAAGCCCUACCUCCGCGUGUAUGACGAGCUGUUGGACGAAGGACUCGCCCCCCCGGGCAACUGGCCUCUACACAGAAGUUUCGAGAACUCCUCGGAUGGCCUCGAUACGGAGGAGCUGUGGCAGGUAGCGCUCUUGAAGAAGGGCGUCCUGGCCCGACAACAUCUGGACAUCUGCUUCAACUUGCUGGCAAGGCGGUUCACGGAUCCCUUGCUGGAGCGGGAGGACAACUGUCGGCCCCCAGAGCCUUCUCAUCCGAACGGUUACAUGCUGGACACAAAGUGGUCAUCUUUGCCCUACAGCAGUCUGUCGGGCUUCUUCAGGCACGACCCGCUCCUUGCGGCGCGGCUCCUUCACUACUGGUUCGCAGAGUUUGCGAGGAUGGGCCGCCCGGUCAAGGUGGUGGAUCUGGGCUGCGGCCGAGCCUCGAUGAUAGAGCGUUGGCUCCAGUACUACCCUGCAAGCAUCGUCGGUGUAGACAAGAUGCCAGGACUUCGCCCACUUUUGGGUAGUGACCUCCUCGAGCUCGACCUCACGGAAGUCAUGAAUCCCAGGAUUCUGACCUCCACCCGGGCCUGCACGUUCUUCUUUGGUGACAAGGAUCUGGCUCGCCUUGUCGAGGGAGCACAAGAAGAAGGCAUCGACGUUAACGAAGCCUUCCGGCGUGUGCUGAACUGCUGCCUUCAGUCGCGGUGCGUGGGAUUGAGCAUCAGUGCCGGCCUUGCACCACUGGAUGCCGAGCAGUCAGCCGGGCUAUCCGACAUGAUUUGGCUGGCCCGCCGGAAUGCCAGUGACCAUGGGCGGCUCGCAUGGGCUGGUCGCGCUGACUGGGCGCUCUUGCUGGACGUGGUGCACCGCAUUCCUGCGCGAGGUCGCCAGCGCCUGGUCGCAAAUCUUGAUGCAAUUGCAGCCGAAGGCGUAAUGGUGUCGGAGCCCGAAGACCUGGCCGGGGAGCUCGAUGCGGCCCUGGCCUCCAGGGGCUUCGCCCGCGACCGGCGGAGUGAAGAGCUGCUCCUCCCCUGGGCGAUGCUACGUGGGGUCCGAGAAGCCUUCUCCAUCCGGGUCUUCCGGCGCGUACGGACGGCCAGCCCCACGCACAGGCCUGUUCCCUUCCCCUUUCCGGAGCCGAUUGAGUGCUCUUUGACUCUGAGAUUUGCUGCGGAACCCGCGCGCUGCCGCCAGGGGCUGACUUUCGGGUGCUCCAACUCAGAGUACAUCUGGGUGUCUGAUGGCUGCAAUGGGUGGUUCAUGAGAGGGCAACGCCAAGCGGGCUGUCUCAGCGAUGUGGAGAACAGCACGCGCAGCAAAUGGUCGUAUGCCUCCGUAAAAUCCUGGCAGUUCGUCGAGUGUUACUUGCCUGAAGGACAGGCAGCUGUGAGCUCUUCGGACAUGAAGGAAACCAUGGAGCUGUGCGAAAGUGAGGCGGUCUUCUCCGAACCUGAGCAGGUCCACUUCCCACUGGAACAGGUGGGCCCAGGCCAUUGGCAGAGCGAGGACAUCUUCAUCAGUCGGUAUCAGGUGCUCCAAGUCCGGCUGGCCUUCGAUGCAGUCGUGCAGGUAUCGGACAUGGCAGAGCGUCCAAUUUGGCGGGCUAGAGGCUGGCACGGCCCGGUGCUGCAGAAAGCGGGGCGCUGCGUGGCCUGGAACGAUUCGAUAUCUGGAAUGCUUCCAGCGAAGAUGGCCUGGCGAGGCUCCGGUCCUCAUCCCGGGAAAACAGGACUAGGACGCUUGGUGGCAAGGACUAGCCUCAUGCCCUUGGCAUGGGAGGCUGCGGAUGCCGUAGUUCGCGUCUCCGACGUCCGAUCCGGGGGCCUCCUCGAGGUCUAUGACGCUUUGCCGGAAUUGGGAGGAGCCUCGCUCGCCUACCGCGGACGGGCCGACUCGGAACUCAGCCUUGUGGAUGGUUUCCUGGCAAUGGGAGAAUGGCGCCGGUUUCGGAUUGGGCUGCAGCUUGUGGUGCAGCGAGUGGUCGUCUCGAUGUCUUGUUGGUCUGUUCAACUCAUGGCCCCAUGCGAGUCGCUAACGCCAGACAUUGGUAAGAAAGGUGCCCCAGAGCAUGGUGGAAGCUGCACGGGUGGGCAUGAUGCGCACAAAGACUCUGGAGGCUCGGAUGAUUUGGUGUCUGUGACGGACAGCCCCGAUCGCUUUCGGCUGCAAUUCAGACACUGUGAGUUCAACCGGGUUUCGCAGAUGUUGAAGCCUGUGCUUGUGAACCAACAGCAGUGUUCCAGUAGCCCAUAUCAUAGCAUGGCUCGACUGCCUUGCUUGCUGCUGAGCAUUGCUUUGCUCCCAUGCGGAGAAGCAGAGGACUCGCAACCGGCGCUCAACUUUACGUACAAGUCUGAGCAGCAAAUAGCCGAACUGGGCUGGCCGUAUCUGCCAGACUACCGUGAUCCGAACACUGCGUGGACACUCCCACACAAGCUUGUGUUCUUCUUCUUGUACUCAUCGGUCUGGCUUGGUAUCGUUGCAUCCGUGCACUUUUGCACUCAUCCAUGCCAGAAAAGGAUUGUGGCAGCCAAAGUCAAAGUAGCAGAUGAGGAGAUGGGGAAUCUCGAGUCGCGUACAUUUUCGGCUUCGGGGCCAAGACCCCGUUACCCCGAAACCCAGCUCAUCCACGAGCUGAUCUUAGAGCGGGCAGAGCAGUCGGCGGAGGCCACCGCGUUGAUCGUCCCGUCUUUUCCCAGCAUCUUCGUGACCUACGCGCAGCUGCAAGGAGCCGUAGCGGAGCUGGCGAGUGCCCUACAGCAGCUGGGGCUGGAGCCCGGCCGGAUCGCUGCGCUUUGCAUGGAGCGGAGCUGUGCCCAGGUCGUGGCAGUCCUGGGUGUGCUUGCAAGCGGCGGGGGCUACUUGCCGAUCGAUGCAGAUGCGCCUGAGAGCCGGGUGGCCGUGCUACUCCAGCAUAGCCAGGCCCGGGUGCUCCUUGCCGACUCUGACCGUUUCACGCAUCUCGCGCGGGAGGCUGGCCUCCCCCUGCUCCUCGCCGGCACUGAGGCGGCAUCCAUGUCCUUCAAAGUGACCAAUGCGCCGGCAGCAUCUGCGCAACAGCAGCCACAGCGGAAGCGGCCGACGACCUCGGAGGUGGCGAUGCUCAUCUACACCUCUGGCACCACAGGGGCACCGAAAGGUAUUAUUUACGACCACCGCCACCUCCUACAUGGAGCAUGGUUCUGGGCAGAAGAGCACGGCGUUACAGAGCACACGGUGCAACUGUUGAAGUCCCCCUACUUCUGGGCAGUGAUGGAGUGGGAGUUCUUUCCAGCUUUGCUUCGGGGCGGAUCUCUCGUUGUUGCUAGCAGCGACGGCCACAAAAGCCCGGACUACAUGGCGAAGGUGGUCCACCAGCACCACGUGAGCGUCUUGAUGAUCACUCCAUCUGUGAGGAUCUUAGCAGUCCUUGACCUCCUUCUGGAUGUUCAUCAACUGCAUGCGGGUGAUCGCUUGCUCAGCUCUCUCGAGCACAUCACCACUGUGGGUGAGCCUCUGCCCACAGCCUUGGCCAACCGUGUGGUCUCCACGAAGCACCUCGCCGCCACCCUCCGAAACUUCUAUGGAGCGUCGGAGAGUUCCUGCACCAUCUACAAGGUGCCGGAGCAGGGCGUCGAUGAGAAGCUCUUCCCCAGCCGCGUACCAGCUGGGCUCCCGCAGCCAUAUGCUGACGUGUUCCUGAUGGCCGUGGACGAGAGGCCAUUGCAAGCGGCUGCACCCAACACGCCUGGAGAGAUCUGCUUCGGCGGCGUACUGGCUUCCGGAUACUUGCAGCUCCCGGAGCUGAGCAAAGAGAAGUUCGUUGACACGGAGUACGGCCGGCUUUACGCCACCGGAGACCUGGGUCGUUGGACGCAGGGGGUUCUGGAAGUGAUCGGCCGUAUCGAUCGACAGCUCAAGGUCAACGGCGUACGCGUCGAACCCGAGGAGAUCGAGUCAGCCUUGUUGAAGUUUGCCCAGCCACGAUCAACAGAAAGAAGCCCCAAGAAGGUGGCCUUGGGAAGGUUGCAGGGGGAUGAGGAGCUUCAGUCUUUGCGCAACAGUCCACUCCUUGACGAGCCCUUGUGGGCUGUGGCCCGGGCUGCCGUCGUUGCCACAGACUCGCCGCAGCAGCUUGUGGCCUUCGUGUCACCUCGCGAGGGCAUGGAGCUCCUGUCCGAGGACCUCCAGAAGCAUUGCAGGGCGGUGUUGGCUCCCGCCUAUCUUCCGAAGCACAUCCUGAUCCAGCCGGAAGGCCUGCCAUCUCUCCCGAACGGCAAGGUGAACUUCGCGCAACUGCCUCUCGGCCUGCAUGGGAAGUCGAUGGCAGAAGAGCAUGUCAUGGAGGCGUCCCAGACAGUCCUCGACUCCUUGGGCCAAAUGAGGUCUAUGUCGAAGUGGCAAGUUCUGGAGAAUGCCAUCAUCCACCGCUGCUAUGCCUUCUGGAUGAUCGGGGUCCUCCUGGACCACUACGCGCUGUGCGCCAUGACCACGGACCCCAACGAUCGCACAGAGAUGCAGGCCUUGCCCUUCUGCACCACGUUGGCCUCUUCCCGAGUAGUUCCAUGGUCGGAGGCCAUUAUCCGAUCCAUCGGGAAUGACCAGGAUCUCUUCGGCUUCAUCAUGCUCGGAGCUUAUCAGGAUUCCCGUCCGAGCAGCAUGGGCCAGGCAAAGCGCCUGCGUCUUUCAUGGAUGGACCUCUACAUCCUGGGCAUCUACCUCUUUAUUGCGAUGCCUCUACCGCAAGUGUGCCGCUGGCUGACAGGGGGCUUCGCCUAUCCCACGCAGACGUGGAAGGCAUAUGCUUCUGCAGUGCAGACCAACGGCUGGGACCAAGCGUAUAUCGAGUGGGCUGAUGUCACCUCCGGCCACCGAUGGUAUCUCUUGAUGGUUGUUCAGGCCAAGGUCUACGUCGUGCUGAGCGAUGCCCUCUGCAUCCCAGCUUGGGCACAGGUAGGCCUCGCCGCCUGGUGGAGCUACAUGGGUCCAGUGUUUGGCGGGAACAUUUGUACCAGCGGGCUGGCACCAGUGACCAAGUUCUUUGUCACGUGGUUCCUGGACGGCUGCUGGGUGUGGAUUCGCUGGGUUGAGUGGUACGCCACUUUCUACGUGUUUUGCUUCCACUACCUCCGCCGCAUCGUUGCCUGGCUAUCCCCACGGCUUCCACGGGGCCCAACCUGGGCGUCUGCAGCCACAGCGGGGAGUAUGAUACUGGGUAUGUUCAUGGCCCUGUUCCACUACCCCAAUGACAUGCUUGAGAGUGGAGCCGAUACAAACUGGUUUGUUGUGGAGCUGGCGGCUACAACCUUGCAGCCGGCCCUUUUUGCUUUGGGUACUUCUUACUGGUCAGUCAGCGCCAGAUGGUGGGGAAACACGACGCUCGGUUGCUAUGUCAUCCACUUCCUCUUCCGAGACCGGAUGACGGAGCUUUUCCAAUCUCUGAUCUUCCUGUUAAGUUGGGACUUUACGGGGCUUCUGCUUCCAGCUUCCAUCCUCCUGGCAUGUUUGGCCUUCACAAGCACGGUCGGCCCAGUGGGACACUACAUCCUCAUCUUGCCCCAGCUCAGCUGGGGCCAUGUAAAGCGGCGCUACUUUUUCCAGAAGCGAGUGCUUCACAAACACACCUGCUAA